AUGGCUGAUCUCAUCCUUCAAGCACACCGGCCUCCGAGCCUCCAUGCGCCAGCCGCCUACGCUGGCUCCCGGAGCGAGCCAAAGACGCAGGCGCUUUUGUCUCAGCAAGCAUCUGGUCGAGGCGGCCGACUUCGAAAAGUCGUAUCCAGGACCCUUCGAGACGCCAACGAUGCGCUCCUUUCCUGGAAAGAUGGGUUGACUGUCGACGAGCGCGAGCGCCUUCGACUACAGCAAGAGACAAAGGCCAUCCUAUCUGCGCACAUGAAAUCUGCCGAGACCUAUGCGCGGUGGAAAGAAGCCGCGGCGGAGCUGGACACGCUCGAGGGCAAUGACGGGUGGAAGAACGAGACAGUCUCUGACGAAUAUGACUUUCUGCUCAUUCAGGAGCGUCUGCGUGCGCUGGAUGACGCCCGCCUCGGCAAUGAUAUUCGCUCCAUGAUGCACCUCAUUCGCACAGAAUUGAGUCGGGACCUCGGGGGCAUGGGCAGCGUCGACCUGUAUCGCCAUUCCCACACAGGUACCAAGAAGCUCAUAGAGCGCUACGUCGAGUCCGCCAUUGAGACGAUUGACGCCAUUGUCACCCAGAGCGCCUUGAACCAUCGCACCAUCCAAGUCAAGGACUUGUUGGAAGGCAUGCUGUUCUCGAGACAGAGCUUCGGCCGCAGCGCCUUGCUGCUUUCCGGCGGAGGCACGUUUGGCAUGACACACAUCGGCGUGCUCAAGGCCUUGUUUGAGCAGCAGCUACUGCCGCGUAUUAUAUCCGGUGCCAGCGCAGGAAGCAUAGUCUGCGCCGUCAUGUGUACCAAGACCGACGAGGAGAUUCCCGAGCUGCUAAGAGACUUUCCUUACGGCGAUUUGGCCGUUUUCGAAUCAGAAGACAGCAACCUCGGUGUCCUGGGUCACAUGCGGCGUCUCCUGACAGAAGGCAGCUGGUCCAACAUUGAUAAUCUCACCCGCGUCAUGCGCAAUUUAACCCGGGACAUGACGUUUCAGGAAGCCUACAACCGAACCCGCCGCAUCCUCAACAUUUGCGUGUCCACGGCGUCCAUUUACGAGUUGCCGCGGCUGCUCAACUAUGUCACCGCACCCAAUGUCAUGAUCUGGUCGGCCGUCGCGGCGUCCUGUUCGCUCCCGCUGGUGUACACGUCGUCGCCGCUGCUGGUCAAGGACCCCGUCUCUGGGGAGCACCACCCGUGGACGCCGACUCCUCAACGGUUCAUUGACGGCUCCGUGGACAAUGACUUGCCCAUGACCCGCCUGGCCGAAAUGUUCAACGUGAACCACUUCAUUGUCUGCCAGGUCAACCCGCACGUGGUGCCGUUCUUGUCCAGGGACGAUGUGCUCCCGCAGGACAACCGACCAACAGCCCCGGCCCCGAACGCCCGGCGCUCCGACGACGUCGACUGGACGUACGCCCUCACCACGUUGGCGAGGGAUGAGGCUUUGCAUCGGCUUCAGUUCAUGGCUGAGCUGGGCAUCUUUCCCAACUUGAUGACCAAGUGCCGGACAAUCCUAAGUCAGAAAUACUCUGGCGACAUCACCAUCUUGCCGGAGAUUGCCAUGCACGACUUGCCAAAGCUCCUGAGCAAUCCCACCGUGGACUUUAUGCUGCGGUCGUGUGUACUUGGCGAACGAGCGACGUGGCCGCGGCUGAGUCGGAUCCGGGACCGCUGUGCCAUUGAACUUUGUCUAGACCGUGCCGUCCACCGCCUCCGCACUCGUGUCGUCUUCUCUGACAGUCAGCGGAACCUACGGGAACUGCAAUCGGAGAUGGGCCAGAUGCGAAUCGACAUGACGCCCACCACUGCGUCCCAAUCCCCCGCGCCGGUUGCCGGGCACUCCGCAGCGGGGGCCGGCACGCACCAGGAUCCGGUUCGCAGACGGCGCCGGUCCGGGGGCAGUGUCCAAACCAUGCCCGGCGGGGGGGCUGCCUUGGACAUGGGCAUCACCCAUGAUGAAACAGCGGCUGAGAAAUGCGAUGAACUCUUGUCGAGGUCACACAGCGCUCACCCGUCCACCUCGCAGCGCAAACCGCGUCUCAAGAGGUCCUGCAAAAGUCAAGUCAAUGUCCCGCAGCACAGGGAGCCGGCCACAACGGCAACCCCAGCAGCCCUGGCAAAGUUGGAGUUCCGUGCCGUUGCCGAGUUUAACCCUUUGAGGCCCAUGCGCACAGCAGGUGGCACGUCGAGCCAGGCCCUCCCCAGCACCAGCAGGUCCCCGGACGUGCGCCCGAUAGCACUCGGCAUGUGGUCCGAACGCGUGGGCGGGCUGUCUCGGGAAGAGGCGACGUCACCGACGGACGAUGUUGAAACAAGCGAGCUCGACCGCUCGAGCGACGCCGACGCCGAUGCUGAGCAAGCCACCGAGGAGAGCGACCCGGAUCCGUACGAUGCCUCUGUGAGAAGCGGGCCAACCAAGAAGACGCGGAGAUAG